AUGGAUAUAGUGACAAAUCCGAGUCCUCAGUGGAUUCAGGAUGAAGCCGAGAAAAUUCGUUCAUCACUUCUCAAUGAACUGCAUCGAAUCGAAAGUGAAGUUAACGAUCAGUUUCAAUCAUUUAAAAACGAUGUAGAAUUACGACAACAGAAAAUGCCGGACACAUCACCAACAAAGUCAUCAACUCGGCAAAUUCACGAAUCACGAGUGUUCGUAGCGAGAAAUUCUCUUCUCACAGACUUGUUCGAAAUAUCGCAUAUUCAGAGUUUAAGAAAUGUCUUCGUAGCAGUGAUGGUUAUUUUCGUAUUGCAAGUUAUUAUCAACGAUCUCGUAGCACAUGGGAGACUAAAUUUGGAUUUCCAUCUGAUUUUUCAAUGCUUCGGAAAUUUACAUAUUGCAUUAUCCAUUUGGCUUAUUAUGCAGUUAUGUACCGCAGUCCUGGUCUUUAUGGGAUUUUACUAUUGGGCGAAUAAUCGAGUUUCCUAUCUGGCAAAUCCAAAAGAUUUGAAAAUUUAUGACAUCGUCUGGUUGACCAUCUAUAUCACAUACGUCAUUUUAUUCCUCGUUUUACCAUGUCGGGAAAUAGUAAAACAUCAACUACCGGUUGCUUCAUCGCUCAUUGUCUUACUCGAACAACUUCGUCAACUGAUGAAAAUAUACUCUUUUGUUCGUGAAAAUGUUGAAAAAAUCUGUAUGCAAUGCCGUUUGAUCAUGGAAGCCGAUCCAACGGAUAAGAAAGAUGCGGAGAAAUUAACUGCACCAGAUUUCUCCAAAUAUUUAUAUUUUCUAUUUGCACCAACAUUAAUCUAUUGUGAUACAUAUCCUCGUAAUGCUGUUAUACAUUGGGACUUUGUUAUAAAAAUGUUUGGACAAGUUUUCGCCGCGGUUGUUUAUGUUUAUUACGUUGUAGUGCGAUUUUGUGUACCAACUUUCGAAAAUUUAAAUCAGAAUCAAAUCACACUGUCGAUAUUUAUGACAGUCUUGUUUAAUUCAAUCAUGCCUGGUAGUCUUUUUCUACUGUUAGGAUUUUAUGGGUUUUUACACUGUUGGUUGAAUGCAUUUGCAGAAAUGCUUCGAUUUGCUGACCGCAUGUUUUAUAAAGAUUGGUGGAAUUCAACUUCAUUUGCUGCUUAUUAUCGAACUUGGAAUGUUGUUGUUCAUGAUUGGCUUUACACAUAUGUUUAUAAGGAAGUUUUUGCGUUAACUGGACGAAAAAAUCGCGUUAUACCAGCGAUAUGCGUAGUACUUCUGUCAGCUACGUUUCAUGAGUAUGUCAUGAUCUUUGCACUGGGAUUCUUCUAUCCAGUCAUGUUCUUGUUGUUUGGCGUCGUUGGAAUGUUGUUUCUAUUCCUUCUUCCAAGAAACAAGGGCGUAGUGUAUAACAUCCUACUUUGGACAUUUCUUUUCAUUGGUCUUGGUCUGCAAUCAUGUUUCUAUUUCAUGGAAGCUUAUGCAAGAAAGUCAUGUCCAGCGACAGAUAGUAUCUGGGACAAAGUUAUUCCGAGAUCGAUCGUGUGCCGUUUUUCGUUACAACCAGGAAAACUUCUUCAUAUUGAUUUGUGA